AUGAAGAACUUCAUGCACAGAAAAAAACAGCAGUUGGAAAAGCGAUUACUAGAUGUCAAUAAUCAGUUAAAUUCCAGAAAAUGCCAAACAAAAUCUGAGAAAACGCCAUCAUCCAUAGCUGCUGUUGGAAUUGGUUCCCGAUUGAGUGACAGCAGCAGCAGUUCGUCAGAGUCUGAAAACGAGAUCAUCUCCCCAGGAGGCGGAGAGACAUUCCCCAAGAAGCACCAGACGUGUGCAGUGCACUACACAGGAAUGCUCCAAAAUAGAAAGAAAUUUGAUUCAUCCAGAGACAGAAACAAACCUUUCAAGUUCAGAAUUGGCAAUCAGGAAGUCAUCAAGGGUUCCGAAGAGAGUACAGCCCAGAUGAGCUUGGGGCAGAGGGUGAAGCUGACCUGCACCCCUGAUGUCGCCUAUGGAGCCACUGGCCACCCCGGUGCCACCCUCAUCUUUGACGUGGAGCUGCUCAACUUAGAGUGAAGGCAGGAACUUAAGGUGGCUGGAGAUGGCUGCUGCUCACCCUCCUAGCUUGCUCUGGCACUGGGACGGCUCCUCCUGCUUGGGGCUCUUGAUCCGUGCGCU